AUGGAAAAAAUAGAUAGAAGCAAGUGGAGUUUUCAUGGAGAUGCCUUGGGGAAAUUUAGAGUAGUCGAAAAAGUCACUCAACCUUCAGAUAAAAUAGGCAAGACUGAGUAUAAUGGUCCAGUAUAAACUGUAUGCACUAAUUUCAUAAAUGGAAAAGAGAUAAAUUCUUAUUACUGCAAAGGUCAUGAAGAUGGCGAUAGUUAUUGGCCUUCAUUUCACGGAGAUAUUGAUAAUUUCUUUUACAUAGAUCCAAAUUACCAUUAAUAAAUUAAAGGCAAAGAGGAGAUAAUCAAUACAUCUACUGUUACUUAUUAUAGAAGUCCUUGCUUGAAAUCUUAGUUAAUAUCAACUGAUUCAGAGACAUAGAUUGAGAAAAGACAGUGCUAAGGGCAUAUAAACAGUCUUAGCUUUCACUGUGAACUGUAGCCAAGCAUUGCUGCUGAUCCGAUAGUGCUAUCUUGCUUCAGUAAGUAUUGCGAUCUUACUGGUAUCAACAAAGUUGCUAAGUUUAGUGGUGAGUAUAUAAAAGCUAUAAAGUCAAAUAUGCUAAGUUAGUCAUUCAUAGCUACUUUAAAAUACUAUGAUGAGCAGCAAAUAAGAAUCAUAUGUUCUAAUCCUUAAAGGAAAGAAGCUACCAAAAAGGGGAACUAAUAUUAGUACUACUGUUCAGGGCAUAAAAAUGGCGAUGGAUUAGAGCCUUCAUUUCACGGAGAUCCUACCAAAAACUUUGCCUUUUAUGUAGUUGGAGUGAAAGCAAAGAAAGCAAAUCCUUUAGCCUAUUUCUACAGAUUUAUGCCAUCCUGCGAUAAUUAUAAGCAUGGAGAAACUAAUGCCAAGUAUAGAGAGUAUUUCUGCAUGGGUCAUUCAAAAACUUUUCACGGAGAUCCUUAUAGAGAUUAUCAAUUUUGGAUUUAUCCUUCAACCUUUGUGCCUCCCAACCUGGGUAAAUGGGAUUUCUGCUAAAGUCCAGAAUCGGUCUGCAGUAAUUUCAUCAAGGUAACUGGUAAAUUAAAUGUAUACAAAUGCCUGGGUCAUGUCAAGGGCGAUAAACUUAUGCCAACUUAUCACGGUGAUCCUGAUAACAAUUACGAGUAUUUAAUUUUAGGAGAUAAGGCUAGUUCUAAAUAGACUAGGUUUGAGUUCAAGAGGAAUCCUUGUGAUAAUAAUUGUAACUCUGACCCACCUGAUGAUAAAGGAACUAUCAAAUGCUUUUGUCAGGGACAUAGAUCCGAUCUUCCAUGA